AUGCCCCCACCCCCGCAAGCGCCCGCGCCCGCGCCCGCGCCCGCGCCCGGAACCCGCCGCCUGCAAGGCCGCGUCGCGCUCGUGACGGGCUCCUCGUCGGGCUUCGGGCGCGAGAUCUGCAAGCAGUUCGCGCUCGAGGGCGCCGCCGGCAUCCUGUGCGCCGACCUGGUGCCGGGCGCGCGCAGCACCGCGAAUGCCGAGGAUGAUGGCGUGCCCACGCACGAGCUCGUGCAGCGGGAGGAGUAUGGCGGCGGCGCGACGAAGGCGCUGUUUGUGAAGGUGGAUGUGAGCAAGGCGGUGGAUGUGAAGGGGGCGAUUGCGAGGGCGGUGGAGGAGUGGGGGAGGGUUGAUAUCGUGGUGAACAAUGCGGGCAUCUGCGGCGAGGCGGCGAACCCGGCGCCCAUCGACGAGAGCAACGAGGACAUGUUCGACGCUCACCUGGCCAUCAAUACGAAAGGCGCGUAUCUGGGGUGCAAGUACGCGGUCCAGCAGAUGAAGACGCAGGAGCCGCAUGCGAGCGGUAUCAGGGGGUGGAUUGUGAACGUUGCGUCGUUGGGGGCGACGGUGGGGAUACCGGGGUUGGUGUGCUACAACGCUUCCAAAGGCGCUAUCGUGUCCCUCACGAAGACCGUGGCCGUGGAUGUCGGUCAAUUCGGCAUCACUUGCAAUGCUAUCUGUCCUGGAUCUUCGUACGGCACGAUGCUGGAUGAGGCCCUGCAAGGUGCCUUCAGCAGCAUUGGACACGAUGCCAUUGCGUCCAUGUACCCUCUGAAGCGCAUCGGCCGCCCCAUAGACCAGGCGAGAUCUGUGUGCUACUUGGCUUCCGACGAUGCCGCCUGGGUUACCGGCACGACGUUGGCCGUGGAUGGUGGCAUGUCAGCUCAAUAA